AUGUAUUCCGGCGGUGCAACGGGCACACACACCCCUCGAUCGUCACAGAAUCUGCGACCUCUAAGCCUCACCCAUGGCUCCCUCGAAUAUUCCUUCCUGAUACCAACCGCCCUCCAUUUCCAAGCUGCACAACUCCACGACACCUUCAAGGCAUCUCUACCCGAACCUACAGAUGAAUUGGCUCAAGAUGAGGAGCCAUCGUCGAGAGCGGAGCUUGUGGCUCGUUUCAUUGGCUUCAUUGCCGCUGAACUCGACGAGGACGAGGAGGCUUCUGGCUUUGUCGAGGUGCUGAAAGUCGUUCUCAACGAGUUUGAAAGGUCAUUCAUGCACGCAAACGACGUCCAUGCUUUGGCUGCGACUCUUCCCGGAAUAACUGCGAAGAAGCUGGAGGUCGUUAAAUGCUACUAUGCUGGCCGCGCCGCAGUUGCAAGGCCGAUCAAACCCCACGAUUCUGCUCUUUUUAGAGCCGCGGACGAUGAGGAGGCUAGCAUCUAUACAGUUUUUGGCGGUCAGGGCAACAUCGAGGAGUACUUCGAUGAGCUCAGGGAGAUUUAUAACACAUAUCCUUCCUUCACAAAAGACUUGAUCGAGGCUUCCGCGGAGCUGCUGCAAAAUCUAGCCAGAAGUCCAAAGGCAGACAAGUUCUAUUCGAAAGGCCUUGAUAUUCUCCGCUGGCUGGAAGAUCGAGAAACUCAGCCCGACACUGAUUAUUUGGUUUCUGCACCUGUUAGCUUGCCUUUGAUCGGUCUGGUUCAGCUCGCUCACUACCAAGUUACCUGCAAAGUCCUUGGUAGGACUCCUGGCGAGAUCAAUGAACAUUUCAAUGGAACCACCGGUCACUCGCAAGGCGUGGUCACGGCAGCCGCAAUUGCAACUGCGACGUCCUGGGAGAGUUUCUCCAAGGUGGCGAGAGAUGCAAUCACAAUGCUUUUUUGGAUCGGUAUGCGAAGCCAGCAAGCUUACCCUCGCACGAGUAUUGCGCCAUCCAUCUUGCAAGAUUCGCUCGAGGCGGGCGAGGGCGUUCCGACACCCAUGCUGUCAGUACGAGAUCUUUCUUUGAAGCAGCUCCAGGAGCACAUCGAUGCUACCAACGAGCACUUGCCUCCCGAUCGACAUAUCGCCAUCUCCCUGAUCAACAGCGCUCGUAACUUUGUUGUCACUGGAGCACCCAUCUCUCUCCAUGGUCUGAACCUGCGACUUCGGAAGGUCAAGGCUCCCACUGGGCUGGACCAGAAUCGCAUCCCCUACACAGAGCGCAAAGUACGCUUUGUCAACCGGUUCCUGCCAAUCACGGCUCCUUUCCACAGCCCCCUCCUGAGUGAAGCCUUCAAGACCAUCAAAGAAGACCUCAGCGAGAUCCGGGUUCCAGCCUCCCGGUUGAAUAUACCUGUGUUUGACACCAACACCGGCGAGGAUCUCCGCGCACAGCAUGACAAGGACAUUGUGCCGUCUCUUGUGCGUAUGAUCACACAGGACCCCGUCCACUGGGAGCAAGCCACAGUAUUUGAGAAUGCUACGCAUAUACUCGACUUCGGACCUGGAGGCAUUUCCGGUCUGGGAGUACUCACCAACCGGAACAAGGAUGGCACCGGUGUUCGCGUUAUUCUGGCAGGUGCAAUGGACGGCACCAACGCCGAAGUUGGAUACAAGCCAGAGCUCUUCGACCGCGAUGAAGAACACGCGGUCAAGUACGCAACCAACUGGGUCAAAGAACAUGGCCCGAAGUUGGUCAAGACGUCUGUUGGUCAAACAUAUGUCGACACCAAGAUGUCACGCUUGCUCGGUGUGCCCCCAUUGAUGGUUGCUGGCAUGACCCCAACUACCGUGCCAUGGGAUUUCGUUGCUGCUACCAUGAAUGCCGGCUAUCAUAUUGAAUUGGCAGGUGGUGGCUAUUAUAACGCCAAAACUAUGACUGAAGCCCUGACCAAAAUCGAGAAGUCCAUCCCUCCCGGUCGUGGCAUUACUGUCAAUCUGAUAUAUGUCAAUCCUCGUGCCAUGGGCUGGCAAAUUCCGCUACUGGGGCAACUACGUGCAGACGGUGUGCCUAUCGAGGGGCUGACCAUUGGUGCCGGUGUGCCAUCCAUUGAAGUCGCGCAAGAAUACAUCGACACUCUGGGGAUCAAGCAUAUUUCCUUCAAGCCUGGUUCGAUGGACGCAAUCCAAGCAGUGAUCAACAUCGCAAAGGCCAACCCAACAUUUCCCGUCAUACUCCAGUGGACUGGCGGCCGUGGUGGUGGUCACCACUCGUUUGAGGAUUUCCAUCAACCAAUCCUACUAAUGUACGGCCGUAUUCGGAAAUGCCAGAACAUUAUUCUGGUGGCAGGAAGCGGAUUUGGUGGCUCUGAAGACACAUACCCAUAUCUUACGGGUGCUUGGUCUCGCAAAUUCGGAUAUCCGCCAAUGCCAUACGACGGCUUUCUUUUUGGCAGUCGAAUGAUGACUGCGAAGGAAGCUCACACCUCCUACAAUGCAAAGAAGGCCAUUGUCGAGGCCCCAGGCGUAGAUGACACUGAGUGGGAGAAGACCUACAAAGGCCCUGCUGGUGGUGUCAUCACCGUGCGAUCUGAGAUGGGUGAGCCGAUCCACAAGCUGGCCACUCGCGGAGUCAAGUUCUGGGCGGAAAUGGACCAGAAGAUAUUCAGCUUGGAUAAGAAGAAGAGAGUCGCGGAGCUAAAAAAGCAACGCGAUUACAUCAUCAAGAAACUCAACGACGACUUCCAGAAGGUCUGGUUCGGCCGGAACGCCGCUGGCGAGACUGUUGACCUCGAAGAUAUGACCUACGCCGAAGUCGUUCGUCGUAUGGUUGAGCUCAUGUACGUCAAGCAUCAAUCGCGAUGGAUCGACACGAGUCUGCGAAAUCUCACUGUCGACUUUAUCCGCCGAGUCGAAGAGCGCUUCACUGUUGGCUCUGGCAAACCCUCUCUCAUUCAGAGCUAUGCUGAGCUGGAAACCCCGUUCGUAGUCGUCGAGAAGGUUCUCGCUGCCUACCCUACGGCCGAGACUCAACUAAUCAGCGCCCAAGAUGUCCAGCAUUUCUUGCUGCUCUGCCAGCGCCGUGGCCAGAAGCCUGUGCCAUUCGUUCCUUCUCUGGACGAGAACUUCGAGUUCUGGUUCAAGAAGGAUUCAUUAUGGCAGGCUGAGGAUUUGGACGCUGUGGUAGACCAAGAUGUUGGCAGAACUUGUAUCUUGCAAGGCCCCAUGGCCGCCAAAUACUCCACCAAGAUUGACGAACCCGUCAAAGACAUUUUGGAUGGCAUCCACAAUGCUCACAUCAAGGGUCUCGUGCAAGAUGUUUACGGUGGCCGUGAAUCUGCAGUCCCGGUGGUUGAAUACUUUGGUGGCAAGAUCAUUAACUCACCAGAGAGCGUCGUCGAGCUUGACGGAGUCACUGUCAUCCCGGAUGGCUCUCGCACUACCUACAGAUUGUCCCAAUCUCCUUCGGCACCUCUGCCAGAUGCUGACUCUUGGACUCAAUUGCUCGCCGGCAAGACCUACUCGUGGCGUCAUGCCCUUUUCACCACCGACGUUUUUGUCCAAGGUGCGAGAUAUCAAAACAACCCCCUGAAACGCAUCUUGGCCCCUAUCCGCGGUAUGACUGUUGAGAUUGCCCAUCCUAAAGACCCUUCCAAAACGACCAUCGUUGUCAAGGAGCCCAAUCAAUCCGGACAGAUGGCAAAGACGCUUGACAUUGGUCUGGUUGGGAAGAACGAGAUACUCAUGAAUAUGUGGAAAGAGGACACUGCAGAGGGCGAGCCUGUGGCAUUGCCUUUGAGAUUCAUCUAUCACCCCGAAACUGGAUAUGCACCCAUCCACGAAGUGAUGGAAGGACGCAAUGACCGAAUCAAGGAAUUUUACUACCGAAUUUGGUUCGGUGAAAAGGACGUGCCGUUCGACAUUCCGACCACGAACACCUUUGAUGGUGGAAAAGCUACCGUCAAUGCUCAGGGCAUUGCUGACUUCGUUCAUGCUGUCGGUAAUACAGCGGAAGCUUUCGUCGACCGUCCGGGCAAGGAGGUUUUCGCUCCCAUGGACUUCGCCAUUGUUGUGGGAUGGAAGGCUAUCACCAAGCCUAUCUUCCCGCGAUUAAUUGAUGGCGAUCUGUUGAAACUCGUCCAUCUAUCGAACGGCUUCCGCAUGCUUCCUGGAGCCGAGCCCUUGAAGGUUGGGGAUGACCUUCACACCACUGCUCGAAUCAAUGCAGUCAUCAACCAGGAAUCCGGUAAAAUGGUUGAGGUUUGCGGCACAAUCACCCGCCAAGGGCACCCUGUUAUGGAGGUGACGAGCCAGUUCUUGUAUCGCGGGAACUACACCGACUACGAGAACACCUUCCAACGCAAAGAUGAAACCCCUAUGCAGGUCACCCUUGCGACCAGCAAAGAUGUGUCUGUUCUGCGGUCCAAGGAGUGGUUCCAUCUCGAUGAACCUGAUAUCGACCUCCUAGGCCAGACGCUGACUUUCCGUCUCUCAAGCUUGAUUCGAUUCAAGAACAAGACCGUUUUCGAAAACGUCGAGACGGUUGGCCAGGUUCUUCUGGAGCUUCCAAGCAGGGAAGUAAUCCAAGUCGCUUCCGUGGAGUACGACGCGGGCGCCUCUCAUGGCAACCCGGUCGUCGAUUACCUUCAGCGACAUGGCCAGUCAAUCGAGCAACCGGUCAACUUUGAGAACCCUAUCCCACUGAGCGGCAAGACCCCUCUAUCUCUGAAGGCUCCCGCAUCCAACGAGACUUAUGCACGCGUCUCUGGUGACUACAACCCCAUCCACGUCUCUCGUCUCUUCGCCAGCUAUGCCAACCUACCUGGAACCAUCACGCACGGCAUGUACUCCAGCGCUGCCGUUCGAAGCUUGGUGGAGACGUGGGCUGCCGAAAACAACAUUGGCCGUGUCCGAAGUUACCAUGUUUCUUUGGUCGGUAUGGUCCUCCCCAACGAUGACUUGGAGGUGAAACUCGAGCACGUGGGCAUGAUUGCUGGUCGCAAGAUCAUCAAGAUCGAGACCAGCAACAAGGAGACUGGCGACAAGGUCCUCCUCGCUGAAGCCGAGGUGGAGCAACCGGUGUCGUCGUACGUCUUCACUGGUCAAGGUUCGCAAGAACAAGGUAUGGGCAUGGACCUGUACGCUCGGAGUGCUGUGGCCAAAGAAGUCUGGGAUCGUGCAGACCGCCAUUUCUUGGACAACUACGGCCUCUCCAUCAUCAACAUUGUUAAGAACAACCCCAAGGAGCUUACCGUCCACUUUGGAGGCCCUCGUGGAAAGGCCAUCCGGCAGAACUAUAUGGCCAUGACCUUUGAGACCGUCAACGCAGAUGGCUCCAUCAAGUCUGAGAAGAUUUUCAAGGAGAUCAACGAAAAGACUACCUCGUAUACUUACCGAUCCCCGACUGGCCUGCUCUCGGCCACCCAAUUCACCCAGCCAGCCUUGACCUUGAUGGAGAAAGCCAGUUUCGAGGACAUGCGCUCCAAGGGCCUCAUCCAGCGGGACAGCAGCUUUGCCGGCCACUCCUUGGGUGAAUACUCUGCUUUGGCCUCCAUUGCCGAAGUCAUGCCCAUUGAGAGUUUGGUGUCGGUGGUGUUUUAUCGUGGAUUGACCAUGCAAGUGGCGGUGGAACGUGAUGAACAGGGUCGAAGCAACUACUCCAUGUGCGCCGUCAACCCCAGCCGCAUCUCCAAGACGUUCAACGAGCAAGCUCUACAAUAUGUCGUGGAGAACAUUGCCGAGACCACUGGCUGGCUGAUUGAAAUUGUCAACUACAACGUCGCCAACAUGCAGUACGUUUGUGCGGGUGACCUUCGUGCAUUGGACUGCAUGACCAACGUGCUCAAUGUGCUCAAAUUGCAAAAGAUUGAUAUCCAAGCCUUGAUGCAACAAAUGUCUUUGGAGGACGUCAAGGCGCAUCUGGUUGACAUCAUCGGUGAAUGCCGCAAGAAGACCGAUGCCAAACCUCAACCUAUCGAGCUGGAAAGAGGGUUUGCGGUGAUCCCUCUCAAGGGCAUCGACGUGCCAUUCCACAGCACGUUCUUGCGAUCAGGCGUCAAGCCAUUCCGCUCGUUCUUGUUGAAGAAGAUCAACAAGACCAGCAUCGAUCCCGCCAAGUUGAUUGGCAAAUACAUCCCGAACGUCACAGCCCGACCGUUUGAGAUCACCAAGGAGUAUUUCGAGGAGGUUUAUCGACUGACCAACUCGCCUCGACUGGCAAAGAUACUGGAAGACUGGGACAAAUACGAAAAUGCGAGUGAGGCCGGAACUAGACGCCUAUCUACCGUGGCAUAA